AUGUCUCUCGCUAUCCCUCCUAUGAGACCUGACGUUGAAAUCGAUGCAAGACUUCUAUACAAUUACCAUCGCAUGAGCAUGCCUAUUCAGCAACCUGCAGACGCCAUCUUCACCCUCUGCAGCUUCGACCUACGAGUUGCGCACCGCGCUGUGGACCUUUUCAACUGCGGAAGAGGGCAGUAUCUGAUUUUCUCAGGCGGGCACGGCAAGCAUACGUCAAAACUCUUCGCCAAGCCAGAAGCGGAAGUCUUCGCAGACGUUGCACUGGAGCGGGGCGUCCCAGGAGAAAGGAUCAUCCUCGAGAGGGAGUCGACAAACACGGGCGAGAAUGUCCGCUUUACAUACGAGCUGCUCCAGACAAUGGGGCUGAGGCCGAGGGCUUUGAUCCUCGUACAGUCGCCGUACAUGGAGAGGAGGACAUACGCAACUUUCAAGAAACAGUGGCCCGAUGCGACUGUCCAGUUCAGUGUCACCUCACCCCAGUUGGAUUUUGACGAGUACCCAUGCGAGGCUAUUCCAGAGGAUUUGUUCAUCACUGCCAUGGUGGAGACAUUGCUACGUAUGAAGCUCUAUCCGGCAAGGGAAUUCCAGAUUGUGCAGGAAAUUCCAGAUGAAGUCUAG